AGAACCAGAAGCACAGAGAGAGAGACACACCACAUCAAUGGCGAAUCUUAGAACAGCCAUUGAUUCAGCGUUUUGGGACUUGAACAUUGCUUCACCUCAGACCUUAGAUGGUUGGGCCAAAGCUGUUCCUGGAGACCCUUUUCCUCUUGACGCUUCUGUUGCAAGCAGACUCCUUCGGCCUCAGCAAUUCAAUUUCUUCUCAAAUGCCUUGUCUCAUAGGAUUAUCCCUUCUCUCUCUCCCACUUCUCCUAAGGAUUUGGGUUCCUUCUCUCUUCAGUCACUCUUCAAAAUUUUCUCCCCUCCUUGGUGGCUUGCAAUGACUGGACAAUUUCGUCCCAGGAAGCUGAUUACUAAUAUAAAAAAUGAGAUUUCUAAUGCUGAUGAAUUUGAUCUCUCCACAGUCAAGGAUGUUGCAAAGCAUUUCAUUGACAAGUCACUUUUUUCGUUUGGGUUAACCUCGCAGUUUACUUUUCCUACCUCAACAUCCAUGCUGUUUUCUGUAGAGAGUCAUGGUGAGAAAGAAAAACGCCGCUACAAAAUGAUGGCUUUUCACAAGCUUCCUGAUCAUGAUCUUACAUUGGAGGCAGCAUGGCCUCAAUUGUUUGUUGACCACAAAGGAAAAUAUUGGGAUGUCCCUGAGUCUCUGUCUGUUGAUUUGUCAUCACUUGUGUCUGAUUCUGGAUUGCGAUACCACUUUGGGAUACAUAAAAAUGGUGGUAAUCCCCAGGCAAUGAAUGCAACUGAUGGCAACCCGCCACUGCCUCUACUGCCAGGGUUAUGUGCAAAGGCUGCCUUUACUUAUGAAAAGAUCAAGUACUUCUGGAGAGAUAUGGAGGCUGAGGAGGAUGACGAACGACAGAUAGACAAGGUGCUUCCAUAUGAUGUGCGUCUUAAGGGACCUCAUGCUGCGGUAUCUGGAAUUUUGGGUAGCACCUGUGCUUCCUGGAUUUGGAAUGGGAGGAACUUUUCUGGCAUUGAUUCAGAAAAUCUAGAGGGGUCAACAAGAAGCAAGAGAUCUCGACUUAAUGCUGAUUUGUUUGGUUCAGUUUGCUAUACUUUUCAGCAUGGAAAAUUCACAAAGGAUUUUGGGGACUUAACCAGGGUAGAUGCUCGUCUAGACAUAUCUUCAGCUUCAGCACUGGCAAAGAAGAUUAUGAAUGGUUUCAAAAGUUCUACUGCUGAUGUUACUGAACAGGCAUCAGCCUCACCCCGGCUUAAUUUGAUUUUUCAACAGCAGGUUGGAGGGCCAGUUGUCUUUCGCGCAGAUUCCCGAAUUUUGCUUGAAUCUUUUACUAGGAAACAUGGUGUGUCUAUGGAGGAUUUCAUUUGCAGCUUGAGUUACUCCUUUAGGUCUCUGCAAUCUGGAAAGGUAGUUGCUUGGUAUUCUCCAAAAAGGAAAGAAGGAAUGGUUGAGUUGCGCCUGUUUGAGUUUUAGACCUUUUUUUGUAACUCUCAAGUAUAGACAUUUUAAUACAAGAAGCCCAACAUGCUUGCUUUAAAAGCUGUUUUUGUUUAUCAUUGGCUCUUGUUAUGUGUUGCAUGCACCAGAUGAUAUACUGAAACUCAACAUCAAUGAUUUUAUAA